UCCUGCUGUCUGCACCUCCUCCCGUGCGCAAGCCCACCAUGAAGGCCCUCCACCAACGACUCAAUCUGUACACGAACGGCAAUGAAACCUACACAUUCGUACCCGCGGAGCCCGUCGGCGCGCGGUCUCUCACAAUCUACAGGAAUUCAGGAGAUAUAGUACUGAACGCACCGAACACGCCACUGCCUGUAACUGCCGAACGCUCAGGCAAAACAAUAUACGGCAUAUGCGGCCUAAUAUCCCUUGCACUCUCGGAGUACAUCAUAGUAAUAACGGGGCGCGAACUACGCGGCCGGCUCAUGGGGCAGAACAUCUAUCGCGCAACCGACUACGAGAUCCUGCCGUUGAACCCCGACAUAUCCGUGCUCAGUCCGCCUCACCCCGUCGAAGCGCAUCUAUUGGCCCUUGUCAAGUCGCACCUGGCCUCUGGAAACUUCUUGUUCAGCUAUGCGUGGGACUUGACGAGGAGGUUGCAGGCGCAAUGGGUCUCAUUGAAGGAGGACGUGGAUAAACCGCUCUGGGAGGUGGCGGACGACAGGUUCUUCUGGAAUAAGUUCCUUCAGUCAAGGUUCAUAGACGUCACAGUUGGAAAUCCGGAUCAGAAUCUGAGCCCAUACAUUCUACCAAUGCUGUAUGGAACAUUCGACAUCCGCCCCGAACGCGUCAAUGGCCAUCCCAUGCGUCUCUGCCUCAUCAGCCGACGAUCUCGCUACAGAGCCGGCACACGUUACUUCCGGCGUGGGAUCGACCAGGAGGGCCACGUCGCCAAUUUCAACGAGACGGAGCAAAUACUGCUUGUUGGCCCUGACGAUAACAGCGUGCAGCUCAGCUUCGUGCAAAUACGAGGUAGUGUGCCGGUGUUCUGGGCGGAGGUCAAUACGCUGCGGUAUAAGCCGGACGUACAGAUCAUGGAGUUGCAGGAGACAGUCGAUGCAACCCGGAAACACCUACAAGAAAUCGUCUCAACGUAUGGCGAGUCAAGCCUCGUGAAUCUUGUCGACCAGAAGGGCCAUGAGCUGCCGGUCAAAGAGGCUUAUGAACGCAAUGUCAAGCAGGCGAGUCUCCCCAAAGUCAAAUAUGAGUAUUUCGACUUCCACAACGAGUGCAAGCACAUGCGCUGGGAUCGCAUACAGGGUCUUCUAGAUAGACUAGAUGAAGAUAUGACGAGAUACGGGUACUUCCACCUCGAUGCUUCUCAACCCGAACCGGUCAAGAUCCAGGCGGGGGUUGUCCGUACAAACUGCAUGGACAAUCUCGACAGGACCAACGUCGGGCAAUCCGCGAUCGCGAAAUGGAUGGUCACUCGUCAGCUGCGAGCUGUAGGCGUCCUUCACGAAACUGACUCGAUCGAUCGCUACGAAGACUUCAUUCGGGAUUUCCGCGAGAUGUGGACAGAACAUGCCAACAUGAUCUCCGUUGCGUACAGUGGCACAGGCGCAUUGAAGACCGACUUCACAAGAACCGGUCAGCGGACUCGCCAGGGCAUGUUUGAGGAUCUCAGGAACUCCGUCAUGCGGUAUUUGAAGAAUAACUUCUUCGACGGAGCCCGACAAGACGCCUAUGAUCUAAUGACCGGUGCAUUUGUCCCGCGGAGAGGAUGGGUGCCGUCGACGUUCGUUUACGACAGUCGUCCUCUGGUCGUCCGAGCAAUGCCAUAUGUCUUGGGUUUCUCUAUCUUCAUGAUCUUUGCUGGCCUCACACUGCCGCGCACAUCCGACUACUCACUUUUCUAUUACUUCCUCCUUUGGUUCGUCCUCCUGACCCUGUCGCUCAUCUUUAUCUUCGCGCAUGGCAUUGAAUAUGUCAACUGGCCACGGCUCGUGCCGCUCACGAAUAUCAUCCAUUACACCGGCCCUGGCUUCCGGAGUGGUCAACGGGGCAAGGGCUUCGGCAUCCCAGCACUCGACCUGAAAGAGCUCAAGUCGUCGGCUCCCGUGCACAGAGGGAAGAUGCCAGGCCACCGGCGUGCGAAGAGCAGGAUAGAAGAGGUGGAGAUGGGGACGAAGCGGGUCGAUUAGCGUGGGUGACAUAUGGCUCCGUUUCUGUACAGGCUCAGGUCUCGGACUGCGCUCUGCUCAUGUUGCUUCGUUCUGUCGUUUAUAUAUAUGGUGUGCGAGAUAUCGGGUGUCCCCUUAGCGGGACCGAGGGCUGCAGGCUUCUUUGCCAAGCCAAAGGGUCGGGUGCAUGGGUGAGAGACCGACUUGGGACCGGGUGAAUGG